UCACGUGACGGACUUUAUCACGUGACUCCGUGUUGCCGGAAACGUUACUGGAAUGGCGAGAAACGAAGAAAAGCAGCUUGGAAAAUUGAAUCGAUUGUGGCUACAGAAGGAGAGAGAGGAGGGUCGCAUUAAAGAUGUCCACGUUUCAAGGCCAAAACUUGCGACGUUAAAUUCAGUGGCAGCCGUGAAGAAAUGGAUUCCAAGCAUUAAGAAGGAGAUAGAGUACUAUCUGCAGCAGUCUCAGUUGUCUCACUACCCGGAGAGAAAGAUCAAUGAGUUCCAUCAGCACAUUGAGGACCUGCAGAGAGAAUACAAACGCUACCUGAACAAACUGCGCUCCCUGGAUCCCACCUGCAAACACACUCCCUGGGAACCCAGAUCAUACACCAAAAAGAGACAGGAGCCGAUCAACAAUGAAAACAGCUGCAAACGAACAUGCCUCCAUGAACCAAGCACUGUGAGCAGAGCAGAAGAGGAUGUUAUUGGAGACACCAACCCAGAAGCAGGAGGAACACAAAAAGCCCUUACAACUCUGAUUACCGCCCAAACCUCAGAUCCUCCAGACCAGGACCUCCCACUGUGCUUUGAUCAGACCCGGCUGGGGAUGGCGGUGGCUAGUUCGCGGGUGCCUUUGCCAGGGCAGCAGCAGGACACCGGUAGACUGACACGAGUGCUGCUCACAGGUCUGCCCAAUCUUCACAGCCUCCCACUAGCACAGGCAGCGGCAGCAGAAAAAACCCAUCAGUCUUCUGAUGCUGAAUCAGCACAAAAACACGUACUUGGACUCGGCUGCUAUUCGUCCUCCUCAGACGAAGAGAUUUAAAGAAUUCAUUUUUUCAUGUAAAAACAUUUUUUCAUGUUCUGUGGAAUACACGGCGCUACUGACAAAAUUAGCAUUUGAUAUUCAAAAUGUAAUUUAAAAAGUUUCAGGUUCCGUGCAUGAAAGCGAAACUUGAAACUAAAACAUUUUCAGAUGAAACAUGAAAGCGGUGAAUCAGGUGUGUCACGGUUUGCUCAGUUUGUCUUAACCUAGUUUUAAAUUCAAAUUUGAAUGUCUCGCAAGAGAGGAAAUGUUUGAGGUGUGGUAAGAGUUUUGAAUGGGAAAUGACUGAUUACUUAAUGCAGUGUCAUACAGUAAAUAAGAGGUAGGAGCAGUUAACCUUUACAUGAAUAAAUACGUUUUUUUCUCGUUCUUUUAAAAAA